AUGUCUGAACACGAGACCAAGACUGCCAAACCCCCGGAUGCGACUCCGGCUUUUGACGAUUCGGAUUCCGAUGUGUAUUCAGACGCCUCCCCAGGACCAAAUCCGGAUCAAGAUCUGGAUCCUGAACCGAGUCCAGGCGAAAAGCCAAUCCCGGCCGACUAUUACAAAGUGCAAAAUCCGGAUGCGCCGCCGGAUCAUGGGGACCACAGUGCAGGUGAAGAAGGACCGGAUCCGGAUUUGGAUCCCCCUCUCCCGCCUCCUGUAGCAUGGUCAAGGUCUUUUGACGAUGUUUUCUCCUUUGUGGGAGGACUGGGCAGAUACCAGCUACGAGUUCUAUUUCUUCUGUGGCCGGCUGGAUUGCUGAUAGUGCUCUCUCUGGACAAUAUCGUUUUCUUGGAGCUCACGCCAAAACACAGAUGCCGUCUGCCCGGUUUGCCCAAUGACACAUAUGCCAUCCAAGGCCCAUGGCACGAGGCGCUCGUGAAGAAGACCAUCCCAGUGACCUCUAGUGGCGAGUACGACAGUUGCAAUAUGAAUCUGGAAGGUGACGGUGUAGUGGCGUGUAACAACUGGGUUUAUGACGAGGCUUUUUUCACACAGACCUAUACUACAAGGUUCAACUUGGUACGUGCCCAAGACUACAUCGUGUCCCUAACAACGAUGACGUUUUUCCUGGGAGCAUUCUGUGGUUCCAUACUGUCUGGGUACUUGGCUGACAGAUUUGGCAGGAAACCAGUCCUGAUGGCAAACAUACUGAUAUUUGGAAUCGUCGGUUUUACCUCAGUGUUCAUACCUUCGUGGGAGUGGUAUAUAGGAAUUCGCUUUAUCUUAGGGGCAGUUACCAUGGGGACUGUUCCAGAAACAUUAGCACUCGAACUCGUAAGCCCCGCUAAACGGAUGCUGGUUGGGAGUCUCAUGCACGUGUUUUUCAUCUUUGGUGGCCCCCUACUGGCGGGUCUCGCCGCCAUCACAAGAAACUGGCAAUAUUUAGAAAUUGUCUGUGCUGCACCGGCGUUCCUUAUCCUAUGGUUAUUUUGCUAUAUUCCCGAGUCUCCCCGAUGGCUUCUCACUGCGGGGCGGCGCCAAGAGGCUGACCGAAUAUUACGUCACAUGGCGCGUGUCAAUAGCCGAGCUGUCAGCGAGAAGAUCCUUGAAGAGGUGGAGGCGAGCGCUGAGACUAAGGGUGGAGGAGCAUUCCCGUGGAAGGAAAUGAGACAGUCUCCAAAACUACUGCAGUAUCUUGCGGUGAUAGGUGUUAUAUGGUUACUGCUAAACCUUGUCCACUAUGGCCUGAUCUUCAACUUGGUGAACAUUCCGGGCAACAUAUUCUUGAAUUUCUUCCUGUACACCCUUUUGGACAUCCCGGGCUUCGCCAUGGCGUUUACUGUGAACCUGUACGGCAGAGAGACGCCGUUCGUGGGCUUAACUCUCGUCGGUGGCAUGGUUUUACUUACCUGUGUCUUUGUAGAUUUGUUCGUGCCAAGUAACAUUUCCAUGUAUUUAAUUAUUGGAUUAUCAUCGGGUGCCAGACUCUCUGUAUCCGCCGCCUACACCAUUAUAGCGCUAUGGAGUGAAGAGAUCUUCCCUACCGUUAUACGGAACUUCUGUAUGGGACUAGUUAGCUUUGCUGCCAGUAUUGGAGCUAUGGCGGCGCCAUUUAUAUCGCGGGGUGUGUUCUCAAAGGCUCUGGCUAACGGCUCCAUGGUGUUGGGUCUAUAUGGGACCGGGAUGAUUGUAGCUGGGAUACUGGCCACAUUAUUCCUCCCAGAGACAGCCUACAGGAAACUACCCGAUACUAUAAAAGAGGCAGAAAACUUCGGCUUGUACUCUUCGCCGGCCGAAAACGACGAGAAGAUGUUAGACGCGGAGGAUGAAGAUGAAAAACAACCAGUGGUACCUAGAAGGAAGAGAUCCUUUAUAGAGAUGAAAGAAUCGAACACGAAGAAUUACAAUACUAUAGCAUCAUAUCCGCAACCCAGUGCCAAGAACCUGGAUGGCUGAAAAAGGGACUCUUUCUUGAAUAUACAUGUACUUAUUUUGAUGUUACUUUUAACAAAGGGUGGUUAUUCCUUUUAUGCGUAGUGUGAAUUAUGUGGAAGCGUUUUUUUUCACUACUUCAAACAUCUUAAAUUUAAAUAUUUGUGACCAAGAACAGCCAAAUCAGCAACAAUCUUAUUCUUUUUGAUAGAGAAUUUCAUGAGUUGGCUAUAAAUGUUGCAUGGUUUAAUUUCUUUUCAACAGUAGAAAUGUUGAAUACGAAACCGUUGGUUGUUCGGGGCUUCGAAAACCAGCGACAAAAGUGAAAUAUAAAGUGCAAUACCAAACUAGUUGAUAUUUAUUCCAGGCAUUGGGAGCGAAUUAUUGGCGUAAAAUUCUCCGUGACAACGAAUAUCGACGUUACACUGUACAUGUACCUUUCGCCCCUCGCUCAAAACUCUGUAUCCUAAUGCUCUUUUAUGACUUCGUUCAGAUCGAUUGCAAUUCAUUUAACUUCCCUCGAAAUAAAGAGCAUGUUGGAUCCGACUCACAAAGUUGCAUUUUUCAUUAAACACGGGCGAAAAUUCAAAGCUCGUUUCCCCAUCAAAUUCAAUAGAGGUCCAUGACAAUAUACCUUAAAGUGAUAUACACCGUCACUUAUAAGAAAAAAAACAAUUUAUAUUGGAAUGUAGAAGCCUGUGUAUUUUGCCUUAAAUAAAAUUGUUGCACAAUGA